CUUCUGUGCCGUCGGUCAAGCUACACGGUUUUUUCUUUUCUUGUUUCUGUGUCUUGCGCAUACUUUCCAUUUCCUUCGAUUGAAUCUCUACGACCUACCUAAACCUACUCGCUCAUGGCCGACAAUCCCUCCAAGGCCGUCGCGCCGACCGCCCAGCGCAAAGAGAGCAAGCGACUGGCCGAAGCACGAAAGACCUACGGACGAGGCAAAGCUAUCCAAACGCACAAUAUCAGGGACAAGAAGCUGCGCGACAAGCUUAAAUCCGUCGAGGCCAAGUACAAAGCCGCCGCGCUGCGAUCGAAAGAUGCCGAGAUCCUGCUGGAGCACGAAGCCGGGUUCCUCGAGCCCGAGGGCGAGCUGGAGCGGACGUACAAGGUGCGUCAGGACGAUAUCCGCGAGAGUGUGGGCAUCGAGACGGCCAAGAAGGGAUUCGAGUUGAAGCUGGAGGAUCUGGGCCCGUACCGCGCGGAUUACACGAGGAACGGUCGAGAGUUGCUGCUGGCGGGUCGCAAGGGCCAUGUUGCGACGAUGGACUGGCGGACCGGGAGACUGGGGUGUGAGCUGCAGCUGAACGAGACCGUUCGUGAUGCUCGCUGGUUGCAUAACAAUCAGUAUUUUGCGGUGGCGCAGAAGAAGUACCUCUACAUCUAUGACCACACCGGAGCGGAACUGCACUGUCUGAGCAGGCACCUGGAGCCGAUUAACCUGGAAUUCCUGCCGUAUCACUUUCUGCUGGCGAGCACGCAAAUGAGUGGUCACCUCAAGUACACCGAUACCUCGACUGGCCAGAUGGUCGCCGAAUUGCCCACCCGCAUGGGGGCUCCCACCUCUCUCGCCCAGAACCCCUGGAACGCCAUCUUGCACGUCGGCCACCAGAACGGCAGCGUGACACUAUGGUCUCCGAACUCGCAGACAGCACUGGUGAAGGCGCUGGUCCACCGCGGGCCGGUGCGCUCGAUGGCCAUCGACCGACAAGGCCGAUACAUGGUGUCGACGGGUCAGGAUCUCAAGAUGAACGUGUGGGAUAUUCGGAUGUUCCGCGAAGUGCACUCCUACUCGUGCUACCAGCCCGGUGCAUCGGUCGCCAUCAGUGACCGCAACCUGACGGCUGUCGGCUGGGGCACGCAGGUCAGCGUGUGGCGCGGACUCUUCGACGCCGCGAUGGCCGACCAAGGCAAGGUGCAGAGCCCGUACAUGGCAUGGGGUGGGGACGGCCAACGCAUCGAGAACAUGCGCUGGUGCCCCUACGAGGAUGUGCUCGGCGUGACGCACGACAAGGGAUUCGCCAGCAUCCUGGUCCCCGGCGCCGGAGAACCCAACUUCGACGCGCUCGAGGCCAACCCGUACGAGAACACGCGCCAGCGCCAGGAGGCCGAAGUGCAGGGUCUGCUGCACAAGCUGCAGCCCGACAUGAUCUCUCUGGACCCGAACUUCGUCGGAAAACUGGACACCAUCAGCGACCAGAAGAACCGCGAGGAGCGCGACCUCGACCGCCGGCCCGAGGACCCCAUCGAGAAGCUCAAGAACCGCGGCCGCGGCCGCAACAGCGCCCUGCGCCGGUACCUCCGCAAGAAGGGCAAGGGCAAGGGCAACGUUAUCGACGAGAAGCGCCUCAAGGCCGAGACGCUGCGCAAGGAGCAUGCGGCGCGCGCGAAGAACCGGCUGCAGAACGAGCGAGAGGAGUUGGGGCCUGCGUUGGGACGGUUCGCCAAGAAGGAGAUGUAGAUUAUCUCCUCUUGGUGUGCUGCUUUCCUUUGCUAUUCGCUUUUUCGUGCGCUUCUUCGGUCUAGAAGACGAUCGGAGGAGCCUUUCGAUACCCGAUCCUCAUCAUCACUCCUUUUUAUGACUCAAAACACCUGCAUUUACGGCGUUCGUCGGGAUUUCGGACUGGGAUACAGCUAAAAGUUAGAUCUGAGUCAAUAUCAUCAAUUUGUACAUUACUCUCUACCUGUCCUGACGUAUGUAGAACAUG